AUGUCAGUUGAAUACAGAAGUGAGGAUGGUGUUUUCACCGAUCGCCAAACCUAUGAAUCGGUCAGCUGGAGAUAUGUCCUCGAAUGGGUCACAAACAUCGCCAACAGCUACUUAGUCAAUGAACAUGCGCAAGACCCCAAUGUUGCUAUCAUUCUAGCGGGUCGCGGUUUUAACAAAUAUCGAGACGCUGGAACUUGCUAUCAGAUGUGGCCUACCAAAUUCGAGGUUAAUUCCUACGUCCUUGGUUAUCGCAUUGCCGGCGAUGGCGUCCCUCACUAUAACUAUGUGCGAACAGAGUAUCGGAUGUUUUGGACUACGAAGAAGUGGGAGAUAACAGGCGUGCCAAAUGAAGUAGUACCUGCGUUUGAUCAUAUCCAAUCCUUAGAGGAAGUGGUUGAAUUGUUCAUCCAAGGACUUCAUGCGGCUGGUAUUUCUCCGCUUGGUGGAUCUCGAGCUCGCAGGCUCGACGAUUCAGAGGAUAGGAAACUAGAGGUGGAAGAUUAUAUGGCAGACUAUGUGGGCACCCUACGCCCUGUCGAUCAAUCACCGAAAUCUUCCUAG